AUGAAGCGGGCGCGACGAGGCGAUGGCCGUCAAGCCCUCGUCGCGGCGCUCGUGGGGGCGCUCGUCGCGAUCUCGAUCGCGCCGCUGCGCGCUCGGGCGGCUCCUUUCCCGGCGGAUGGUGCUAAUCUCGGGACCGCUAUCACUAACUGUCUCGCGGCUGAUGCGACGGGUGCGUGCGACUGCUCGUCGUCGUCCGUGGACUGCAAGGAAGGGAACGGUAUCGCAAUCGGGUCGUGGAAUACGUCGCAGGUGACGAGAAUGGACGGCAUGUUCUAUGGCGCCGCAGCCUUCAACCAAAGCAUCUCUGCUUGGAACACGGCGGAGGUGACGACGAUGGCGUACAUGUUCGCGUUCGCCACAGCCUUCAACCAAGACAUCUCUGCUUGGAACACGGCGGCGGUGACGAAUAUGGAACGCAUGUUCCAUAACGCCGCAGCCUUCAACCAAGACAUCUCUGCUUGGAACACGGCGGCGGUGACGACAAUGUUCGCCAUGUUCGGGAACGCCAUAGCCUUCAACCAAGACAUCUCUGCUUGGAACACGGCGGCGGUGACGACAAUGCAAGCCAUGUUCUAUGACGCCGCAGCCUUCAACCAAGACAUCUCUGCUUGGAACACGGCGGCGGUGACGACAAUGAACUCCAUGUUCUACAAAGCCACAGCCUUCAACCAAGACAUCUCUGCUUGGAACACGGCGGAGGUGACGACAAUGGAACGCAUGUUCUAUAACGCCACAGCCUUCAACCAGGACGUCUCUGCUUGGAACACGGCGAAGGUGACGACCAUGACACGCAUGUUCGAUAACGCCGUAGCCUUCAACCAAGACGUCUCUGCUUGGAACACGGCGGCGGUGACAGACGCCGCGUGGAUGUUUAAUGGCGCAACCGCCUGGAAUUCAAAGUACGAACGCAACGAUGCCAGUACAUCCACUGAUGGUCCACCCUCGGCAUGGUCUAUCCGCAUGUGUCUCGCCGACCAGCGCGUCGUCGCCAACGCGUGCGUGUCGUGCCCCGCCGGGACGACCAACGCCGCGGGCGACCUCCGCUUGGGUACGGACACGGCAUGCGACGCAGCUCCGUUGUCGAAUGCAAGAACGUUUACGCACGCUGAAAUUGCCGGUGUCGUCGUUGGUGUCGUCGCGUCCAUCAUCGUCGCGGUCGCGCUCUGCGUUAGGCGUCGCCGCCUCGCCGACGAUAGGCUCCGCGCGCGCCUCGGCAUCCCCACCCACAGCGCGCCCGUCGGGUUUCCGCCACAAGAGCCGCAAAUCAUCAUCGUUCAGCGAUGAGCGCGCUCGCGACGAGCGACGUUCGAGACGCAUCGCGCUCGUCGACGCGCGCACACAUUUCGAGGGCGAGCUCACAACAGUAUCUCGAUUAAGCGACAACAGAAUAUAUUCAAUUCAAUUCAAUUCAAUUUUUUCUCAAAGACGACGAUUCACGGCGCGCGUCGUGCUGGGUUUCGAGAUGGCAACGAAGAAAUUUGUGUGAGAAAGCUUGCGGCAUAACGGAUCCGCCGCAGGCUUUCCACUCAAAUCGACUGUGUGUCACGCAAGAGGAGUGCUUGGGGUUCCGUUAUUUUCACAGAGGACAAACUACGACUGGUCGUUUGUCGUCCAACACGAACACUGCAGAAGGAACUUUGACGCAAGAGUCCGGAGACGUCCGGAGCGUCGAGGGGGAAGUCUGCGGUGCCGUGCUGGUCGACGAGUGAUGGCCGUAGGGUGUCGUGAAGGUGCACAGGAAGGAUGCGAAUGCUAGUGACUUUUUAGGGUUUAGUAC